GCGCGGCCGGCUCCGCGGCAAAAUGGCGGCGGCGCUGGCGGGGUGGAUGCGGCGCCGCCGUAGCGCACGCCAUGCGCGGUAGCCGGCGGAAGGGGCCCUGCCUCAGCUCUGCCGCCCUGAGGAGGCGGAGCGGCGGCGGCGACGAGCGGCUCACCCGGUGGCGGCCGGUGGAGCCCCCCGCGGAGGAGGUGGAGGAGGCAAAGAAGGAGGCGCCGGCGGCCGGCGGUGCGGGCCGAGGCCUGCUCGCGGGGGAGGCGCCGUGCGCGCCCCGACCGUCGCCGUCGCGGGAGGCGGCGGUGCGCGGCGCUGCAGAGUCAUGUUUACAUAAAACACCAAAGAGAUCGUUGAGUAGGAAAUCCCGAAUACCUACUUUCAGCUUUCCUGUUAAUGACACUGAUAUACAGCAAGAAAUCUUUUGGGAUCCUCAUUCACCAAUUGCACACAGACUAGGCAAUGGAAAAAACAAACAGUCUACCAGUAGAUGCGCAGUAGAAAUUUCAGAAAUUGUUAAUCGUAUUGCUCCUCAGGAUGAAAAAGCAGCCUGUAAUGAAGGCUCCCUUUUAGGGACAUGGAUUGGUGAGGAUGCUAUUCCCUGUACACCUGGAGCAGUAAAAGUGCGAGCUAGGACAAAGUUAAGUUGUACAAGGGACCUUAAAAUAAAAAAUCCUGAAGAGGAACUCAUGAAAUUGGCUAAGGAAUUUGAUAAAAAUCUAGUAGAGCUAGAUGCUGUUCAGGAACAAGAGAAGCUUGGUCAUGACUUCAUCCAGACUGCCUCAGAGUCUUUACAUUCUGAAGAUGAAGUAAAUACGAAGAACAUGAAAUCACUCCAUGGUGAAGUUUCUGAAGCAGAUACUGCUCUGCCUGAGAAACCAGUUGGACAGAGCACUGGCAUCCCUGCUGCAGAACCCUGUCCAUCUAGCAGUGAAAAGUUUAUAGACCUUGAGGCUGAGAUAGCCCUUCGUGCUCUUUUUGACUCCUCUACCCAGAACUGUAGUGGACAGUUGAGCCAAGAACUAUCAGGUAUAAAUAUUAGUUUCCAUGAAAAUAAAAGCACCUUGGAGGAGGAAUGCCUUCCUGAGCAAAUUAAGGAUAUGCCACAAUGUAAUUUAGAGGCAUAUCAAAAAGAUACUCUGUGUGAACUAGGAAGUGUGAACCAGACUUCUCCAAAACCUGAUACUCACAUGUUGACAAAAAAAAGUUCUUCUUUGAAGACACAAUUGGUGGUCUCCAAUAUACAUGCUGGAGUAGUUAAUGAUGACUUCGAUGACUGGGAUACAGAUUUUUUGGCAGAUGACUCUUUUGUGAUGCAAAUAACCCAAAAUCCUGAAUUGAUAAGUACUGAAGAAGCACCACCAAUUCCUGCAAAUCCAUCUGUGCAUGGUUUCAGUGAUGCCAGCAGAACAAAGGAGAGAAGUACUUGCAAUUCAGUAACGUGUUUGGGGAGUAUACACAAACCUAACAGUUUGCAGUUUUCACCUUUGAAACAUUCUAGUAAAAACACACGAAAUGUUGUAAAAUCUCUUUCUUUACAAAAGCAAUGUAAGACAGAAAACUCAAAGACAGAGACCGUAGCCUUUCAUGGCAAAUGUGAUGUCAAGCCAGAUAAAAUAAAUUCUAUGUGGAAAAGUGCCAAGAACAGUGAUUUGAACUGUAUUCCUGUUUCAACACAAUCAGAAGUGAAGAAUGGAAAUGAAGCUAUUCAGUCUAAAAGUGACCCUCUUUCUCUUUUUCCUUCAAGAUCUAAUCCUCAUAGACAAUGGACUGAAAAGCCUGGGAAUAACACACACAGUAUUUUCUGUCAAUCAUCCAGUGUUUCUACCGCUGUGAAACGUAAUGAUCUAACUAAAGUGGUUAACCAAGCUAAUACAAGUCACGUAAAUCAAGGUGAAAUACUAAAGAAAUGUCCUCUGACAUUUGAUGACUGGAAUGAACUAAAAUUCUCUGAUGAGAUAUUAGAUAUGUUUUGUGAAUCCAAUAGUCUUUGGGAUGCAAACUGCGAGGAUGAUGAAUUGUUGUAUCAGGUGUGUGAUGAUAUAGAAAAGCAGACUCAGAGCCAGGAUGUUAAACAAGGAAAUGAAAGAGCUAAAACUAUACAAGGAGCCAGUAUUAAUUCCAGAUCAAAUGCUGAUAACCGGUUUCCAGCAUCUAAACAAGGACUACCUGAUCUCUUCUUGGCACAGAAAACAAAUUCAAAACAGGAUGCUUUCUCACUCAAUUCGUGUAGGAAUUCAUCAAAGAUUACACAUGGGCUGGCCACAGCAGGUCACGGAGUGAACUGUAAAAAUGUCUCGAGUCCUCUAACUGUGAUCUCGGGCACUUCUAUGGAGUGUAAAUACACAUUGUCUAAAAACUGUCAUCAGACUGCUUCUGAAGAUACUACAAAGACUGUUUCAGGAAAAUGGUGCAGAUCAAAUUCUGUGCCGGCAGGAGAGACUGGUUCUGAAGUAAGUCCUGUUAGUGCAGUAAGCAUUUUUAGUAGCAAAACAGCAGAGAGCCCAGAUCUUUUGUGUAAUACAGGAAAGAUGCCAAGUAAUAGUUCUGGUAAGAAAACAUCACUUAUGCCUUCAAAGUUUAAGUUCCGAAAGACUAACAAUUCUCAGAGUGCUUUUCAUGUAGGGUCUGAAAAUCUGGAGAGUCAUUCUGGCAUUGGAAUUACUAUGCAGGGUUUGGAAGGAAGCAAGAAUCAGGUGAAUGUGACUUGCCACAACAAGCUUGACAAUAAGAAACCACCUUUCAAGAGACAUCUUUCAGAGUCUUUUGCACUGCCUACGUCAGUAUCUGUGGUGGAACAAAAAAAUAGAAAAUGCUCUCAAGAAGAGAUUGAAAGGAAAAAACAAGAAGCUCUUGCACGACGAAAAUCCAGAAUGCAGACAUUCUGUAAAGACACUUGAAUUUGGAGUUUAUUUUGUCUAUGGAUCUGUUCUGGAAAGUACUACAGAAGCUGGUAAAAGGGAUUGAAAUUAUAACUAUAUGGACUUUACUCGAAUAUUCUCUCUUGGUAAUGUAUCCAAUUAUUCCAUGCCUCAAUUUUCUACCUAUAGUGGAGACAAGAUGUUUCUUUGAUCCAUUUAAACUAGAAAUCCUUGGUAGAGGAAGUGGUCCUGCACACAACUGUCAGCAGUGGAUUCCUCAAAUAUUUACCUAGACUGGUUUUCAACCUAGUGAUUUGCUUUUGUGUUAACCACCUUCCUUGGUGUUAGUUGAUUAUGAAAUCAAAUCCCCAAGUCCACCAAAGACGCCCAAGAUCUGGUGCCCAAUAAUCAUUACUUACAAUCUGUGGCUGCAGCUGCCCAUCCUUCAGCUGUUGUGCAACAUCUGAUGAGUUGGAUCAACUUACUGAUCUGACUGAAAGUGAACCUGGAAAAAAUGUUUUCAGCUUUUCAAAGAACUUCCAUCAUAAUAAUACCCUUGGCAGAUAAUGUAACAUGAAAUAGCAAGACUCUUUGUUGUGUCAUGGUGCCUCAGCUGGCAGUUUUCAGUUUCUGAGAAGAUUUGCGUGUCCAUAUGACAAAUAAAUGUAAACCACAAAUAGUGGCUGUUGGAAAAAUUUUAUUUAUCCCAAGAAGGUAGUUUGAUCUGUAUAUCUGACGGAUAUACUUGUCUUUGUGGUGUUCUAGGAAAAUCUAAACUAUCAGGUAAUUUGCCAGAUCCUCUGUUAGCCAAGAAAGUGGCAAUAAAAAAAGGCUUCUAUCAGUAUCAAAGAUGAGAGUUACAAAACUGGCUUUUAAGGUGCUGAUACACAAGAAUGUCAAAUCUUACUGAGAAAGAUGAAAGUUAGGCCGUUGCUAGGACAGUGUUCAGCUUAUCAACCCUUCCUUCCCCAGGAUAUUUCUAUAGAAAUAAUUCUGUAAAGCGGCCAGGAUAUUUUUUUUUUUUUCAAUGAUAAUAUGGUUAAUUAUACUUCUGAUUUGAGAAGAUGAGCUAACUGGAAAGAAAGGAACUGUUGUGGGUGCUGGAGAGUAUUCUUUUAGGAAGGUUUCAUUCUCUGAUGCAAAAGGACUAACUUUUCAUAAGGUUUGAAAUGGGGAUAAAUAGUAGAUACAUAACAUGAAAUACAGGCUAAGCACAUUAUGGGCACUGAAGCUGGGCAGACAUCCUGAAUGCUUGCCACUAUGUGUCCUUGAGCACAUUCAAAGUUUAAAAUCAGCUUACUGCCCUUCCAGGUGAUGCUGGUUUUCUCAGCACCCAGGAUAGAAAGGCCCUGGAGCUCUGCCUAAAAUGCCACCACUGGUCUCUCCCUGAGAGCAGGGUAAGAAUAUACUGACUCAUCCUUUAACACAAGCGUCCAACCAACCAACCCUCUUGUCUCCUGAGCUGUAAAAUAAGAGCUUGGGAUAUGACAAGGGGAAUUCUGUUCCCAUGAGGGGUGUGGAAAGGACCCCUUGCAAACUUUCCAACUGGAGGAAGACAUGAACUACUUUUUGACCAAUUACUGUCACUUAACUUACCCAAGUGCUUCCUAUGUGUUGCUUAACCAUAUUUAAAGAACCUCUUUGCUGAUCAGUGUGAAACACAUUAAUUUUGACAGUUAACGACGAAUCCAUUGCCUUCCCCUGUGAAAUUAAUCAUAACAGAGAGGCUUUGUUUUUUAUUUUACUUUUCAUAAGUACCUACUUUUAGCAUAAAUAUUACGCUUCAAGGCCUGUCGUUUGUUUUUUCUUAAACAUUACUUUGCAAAUAGAAAUCGCAACUUCUUGGGAUCAUGGUUUCAUAACUGAUGUUGAAACAAACUACUAAGAUAGUUUUGGUCACACUGUGACUAUCCAACAAAUGCCCUGCCAUACCAUCUCUCAGUUAACAAAUUGAGUAGUUACUUCUUUUUGUGACUUGAUGCUAUUAGAAACAUAAACAAUUUCUUGCAUUAAACCAAUCCCAUACCAUUUUUAUUAGGCAAAUUUGAUAAAAGUGUAAAGCAUAGAGAAAUAUUUUAACCCUGUAUAGUUUCAUUGGUGGAGUCAAUGCAGGCGGAAGAUUCAUCAGGGCUUAGAAGUAGUUACACAAAGAACAACCACCUCUAUAAUAUCAAAAAUAAAAUUUCACAAGGUAGGAAUUUUUCAUAUCUAAAAAUACAUAUAUUGCUUGGUUAGAAACAUCCAAAAGAUUUAGGAGAAAUCUACUGAAAAAUAAACUGUCAGCUAUGCGUAUAUAAAUAUAUCUCAAAAGAUUACACAUCACAGAGCUUGUUUCUUGUGACUGCCCACACUUUAAGUGUCAGUCUUGCCCUUUGCCUCUUCCUGCUAUGCUGGCAUCAUCAGGGUGCUGGACACGGACCCCGCCCAGCAGACAGGGCACCAUGCUGAUGUUGCCAGGGGUGCAGUCAUGAGGAGUUUAACCUUUGUGUAACUCUCAAACACCUGGAUAUUAAAGCCAGCAAUGCAGCGGCAGUACAGCUAGAAGUGGCGUGGUGCCUCCUAACCUGAGGGGCGUAGGGAAGGCGUAUAGUCAUCCAGGGGCUCUUAAUGGCAGUCGGUGACACAGAGCGGGCAGUUCGGACAUGAGGUGCCUGAACUACAUUCCAGAUGUGCUUAGCACUACGCCAGCAAACGCAUCUGUCUUCCUAACAGAUAUUUUAGGGAUGCAGUACAGGGCCUAGACAGCUGCUUUGCUGUGCAUGGGCAGCCAACAGCUUCGGAGAGCAGGUGAGCAGUGCAAAAACUGCAGUGCUACUCCUUGCUCUCAUGUUACCCUCCUCGCCACCAAGGAAGGAAGUUGAGCAGCAGCCUCACAACCCCACAAGUUUUACAGGUUAUGCUCAGCAUGCUUCCUAGUAAGUUCUUGGUGACCCACUGCUACUGCAUGGGCCUCAAUCGUGCAGUCUUUUGUCUGACUGCUUGCAGCAGACAACAGAUCUUAGGAAAGUAUCUACAUCACUUUAAUUAAUUAACACACAUGUACACAUAAGUUUGGUAUUUCAAUAGCUGACAUUUCACUAUGAAGCCGCAUCUUCCUCCAGGCAAAAAAGACCUAUACAAAUAGUAACAACAAUCCUAAAUACAUUCUAAAUUUAAUUAUGACUGUCAUGUUUCAUUAUAAAUUAAUUUAUGACUGUUUGCUUAAGCACUCAUCUUCGUUUCAUUCAGAGCAUAGUAAUUUUUUACAUGAGCAAUCAGUGAGCUUAAGUUUAAAUGUAAAUGGAAUUUCUGUAUAUCCCCAUACCCAAGUACAAUUUUUAUUCCACAGAUCAUGACACAUUUCACGAUGAGUGAUGUUACUCACUAAAAUCCAAGGAUUGGCUUUUUCAAGUAAAACCUCUGGUGGAUUUUUUUUUUUUAGGAAAGGCAGAUAUGAUCAGGCAAAGGAUCCAUUCAUCAUUAUUCUCCUUAUCUGUCUCUAAAAUUAUGUGUUGUGGAAUAUACGUACGUACAUUCACACCCUUCCAGUUCCUGCUGAUGAGGGAUCAUGUUUAAAGCAUUUGAGAAAUUUAGUAAUAUUGUGGUUUUAUUGUGUUAGUUGUAUCGGAUUUUAAGAGAGGCUAGCAUCUAGCAGCUCUUCAAAUUUUGGCCUAUAAGGCACAAUUAAUCUUGGGGCUGCAGUUUGGGAAUAGCAAUGUAAUCUUACACUAUGUGUACCACUUAUUAUAUCUAGACCUUUAUACCCAGAGGAAUAACAUAGAUGAAUUCAUUGAUUAUAUCUUUUUAAGCCUAAAAAGAGCUACAAUUUGUCAGGAAAGAAUAGCUGGAAGCAACAGAUAGUGACCUAAACAGUAGAAUUCCAAAGAUAAAAGAGAAGAAAAUGAACACAAAUACUUCAUUGUUUGAGAGCUGUAUUGUCUGCAACACACUCCAGUGAAUCCAGUGUUUGUGGAAGAGGCCGAGGCAGAUAUAAUCUGUGAAGCUAAAAAUGACAGCCUGAGUAAGUAGCCAUCAGAGAUGAAGCUAGGAAGACUGGCAAUUGUGCUGUAAAUCAUAACUGUAAUAUUUGUUCAAAGCUCCAGUUACUACGCAUACUGGUGUUUUUGUCAGAAUAGUCAGAAAAGUCCUGCCUCAUAAAACACUUAAGGAUAUCUAAUGUACUGUUCUUGUGGAACUAAAUAUAAAUUUCUGUGACUAUUGUCUCGGUGUAAUAGCAGUAUGGUAGCGGGCAAACCAUUAAGGGCCUGAUUCUACUCUUGCAGCAAUUUCCUUAAAGCACUAGAGGUAAUGGAGUGACUCAGCCAAAUAAAGAAUCAAGCCUGUGCAUUUCAUUAUUGUAAGUAGUUCUUGUCUUUAGUACAUAAAUCUAGCAAAACAGCAUUGCAUUUAUCAGAAAUUGUUAUUGUUUAUGCACAUUUUCAAAGUUUUUUGGGGAAAAGGUUGCAUUUACACAUACCUUUUAAAGCCUCAGUUAACAGCUUUCACCUCAAACAGUGUAGUUAACAGAGGUGAGGAGGGGACUACAGGAUUUAUAGAUUUCUUUUCAAAGACAUUGUCUGCUCUUUGCAGCUUGUCCUCAGUAAAGGAAAAACUUGAUUCAGGUUUUAGCCCUGGAAAAUCAGUACCCAUGUAGACAUGGGAAUGAAGCUUUGCACGUGCUGCCACACUCUGUGAACAGAAGGUGUAGAAAUAAAGCAUUAUAUUCUAACUGAGCAUAGCAGUUUUGGUUUGGGGUAUUUUUAUUUUUUCUUGGCUGAGCAGGGUGGGAUUUUUUACAUGCCUACAACUGAGCGUAUAUCGGGCAAGUUUCGCAGAAUCAUGGCUGUAGGGCCAAGGGUCUGAGGCUGUUUAAGCACCUGGGGAACUUACUCAUGGGGAGUCACAUUGGCGAUUCACAGUGGUAUGCACAAAGCUUGAUGAAUAGUUUUAUAAUAACCCACUGGAUACUUAGCUGCACCUUUGGGUGUUAGAGACCUGCAGAAAGCUGCACUUCAAUGACAAAAAGAUGGAUAUAAUGAGAGAAAGAAAAAUGUGUUCUCCAAGGCUUGCAUGAUGGUUUGGAAACAUUUUAGUAGAUGAAGGGUUAACACUUCCUUCACCAGUAAUGACUUGCAAAGGACUUUUUUUUUUUUUUUUUUUUAACUAGCUCUCAUGUUCUACAGCAAAAACCUGAAAUACAUGCUUAUCACAAACUUGAAUUCCUAUCUUCCUGGUUGCUUCUUAUAGGCUACACUGUACCUGGAUCAGGCCAGAUGUUUUUGUAAACUCUAAUGCUGUAAAUGAAGACCAUAUUAAAUCAAGUUAUUGAACUUGAAUAGGUGUCAGUGAUGAAUAAAUGAAACUGAAUUUUA